AUGAUGGCACUGAAGGUUCAGAUUCUGUUUGGCUUCCUCUGGUGUGUGAUUUUAAUGCCUAUAGAUGGCUUCCCAGUAGACAGCAAUACUGAAUUUCGCUCUGCUUUCUCAGUGGCCAGAACCAGCAGCAUGGAAGGGAGCUCUGAGAUGGUCAUUACCUUUGACAAAGUGUAUGUGAACAUUGGCAAUGACUUUGAUCCCAAGACCGGGUUGUUUCGGUGUCGUAUUCCUGGAGCCUACUACUUCUCAUUCACAGUUGGGAAAUACCCAAAGAAAAACUUGUCUGUCAUGCUGAUGAGAAACAAGAAUGAGGUGCAAGUGAUUGUGUAUGAUGAACAUCACCGCAAGGAACGGAAGGUAGCCAGCCAGAGUGCCAUGCUGCAGCUUGACUAUGGUGACACUGUCUGGCUGCGUUUACAUGGAGAUCCAAAGUAUGCUCUUUACAGCAAUGUAGGCCCCUAUACAACUUUCAAUGGCUAUCUGAUCUAUCCAGACACUUCUGCCUUCUUCCAGAACGCUCUCAGUUCUCAAGAACUGGGGCCUCACCGUCACAAUGUUCAGAAACUUCCAGGAGAGCUGAAUGUAGCUUCUCAGCAACAUAUGUUAUCCGAUCAGCCUAAGAAGGAACAAGACCCUCGCUCUGCAUUUUCUGUCGCCCGCUCACAAAGUCUCCUGGGCACAGAUGGCAAGCAAACCCAGCAUGAGCCAAUCACAUUUGACACAGAGUUUGUGAAUAUUGGGAAAGAUUUCAAUUCCUCCACUGGCAUCUUCUCAUGCCGUAUACCUGGUGCGUACUAUUUCUCCUUCACCAUUGGCAAAAUGCCCUUUAAGACUAUGUCAGUGAAACUUAUGAAGAACCACAAUGAGGUGCAGGCCAUGAUCUAUGAUGACAACCACUCCAAGAGGCGGGAGAUGCAGAGCCAGAGCAUCAUGCUGCCUUUGCAGUACGGGGACACCGUCUGGCUCUACAGCCAUCAGCAUGAUGGCUAUGGUGCCUACAGCAACCAUGGCAAGUACAUCACCUUCACAGGCUUCCUGAUCUAUUCAGAGCCUCAGCCAAAGCGGCUCCCAGGUGCCAGCUCACUCCAAGGGUCAGAAAAUUAAAUGUGGAUGUGAAAGGAGCACAAGAAAAGCCAGGGUGCCACGAACUUGGGUAUAGCUCCUCUUUGGAUAUAGUCCUCUACUUUGAGCAUGCUAUCAUGUGUACAGUGCUUUCUUUAUGCUGCACGCUUGUGCUCUGACUGCAGGGCCAUUGCUGUGUCUGUCAUUUAUCCAUAGAAAAGUCUGUACAGGAAUGUAUGUGUGUGUCCUGUGUUGGUGUUUGACUUAAGUAUAAAGCAUGAGGUAGUUUUGGGGCAGGGGCGGGGCAAUGUAGUGAAAUGCUGAGGAUCCGGGAAACACUGCAGACGUGUUACUGCAGAUCUCUAGCAUCCAGAGAGCAAAGGAUGUGGUGACUUUCCUUGCAUAUGUGGGAAGGAAAUAAAUGUAAUAAAAAAUACAAAAGGUGUAAAAUUUUCUCAGGUUUGAAUUUGUUGUUGCCUGUGAAACUUGUGUUCUUGUCACUGCCUGAGGUCUCAGUUCAAGAAAAAAGAGCACAAUCAAUGUACGAGCUGCAGUAUUGUACAUUCGUGUGUGCAAAGUGUUGGUACCUCUUAGGGUUUUAUUGGAAGUUUCACAGUAUUUGAUGCUUUUCUGAAUCUGAACUUCCUGAAUCAAGAACACACAAGAAAAAUGUUUAGGAAUCUCAUCUUCCAUUUAAUGAAAACAAUACAUUUAAGAAAAGAAAAGUCUACUUCUGUUUCUUGUGGUAAAGGAUGAGGUCUCAAAUCUAGGAAUGACCCAACCUCUGAAACAAGACUGCUUAGAAAUAAGGUAAGUAAGAGGAAUUUUAGAAGUACUUUUUAAAAUCUAAUAUUUAGGUCAUGACUUACAUGUGAAUAGUAUUGUGUCACGCGUUGACAUUAACUUCUUCAGAAAUUAACUCCUUGAACGUAAGGAUAUGGCUAAGGUUUAUGCCACACUGGUAACCUAGCACAAAUGGGAUCAAAGUUACCCCUGAGUGAUAUGUUCAGCAGUUGUGUUCCAGUGGUUUCCUACAGGCUGUGUUCCGUCGAGUCGUAUUGCUGCUGCAGUGGGACUGCUGUGGCUGUAGAGGGCACUGGUAUGUUCCUAAAAGGCAGCAGUUGGGAUUUAGGAAACCAGCAGGCUGGAAGCUUCAGCGCAGUGCGGUGGAGUGCAGCUGCACUUGAGAUCAGCUACUCCCUGGUUUGUCUCCUAAAAUACGCGGCAGAAAUGCACCAUCCUUAGAACGCCUGGAACUGCGUGACGUCCCUUGAGUUUAACUUGCAGGCUGCUCAACAAGUAGCAAAGCCCUUGAACUGACCUUAACAGCAUCCUGAAUUCAAAAGAGUACAUUUGCAUCUGCGUCACCAACCCCCUGGACCUUUACUUACAGCUCCGACUUCGCAUCUUGCAGCAAGGCAGUAUUUCCAGGCACUGCUACCAUUCCAGCUCAGCCAUUUAACGCGGUCCUGUGCUCAAACUGGAUGUGUUUGCAACCACUCCCUAGCUUUAUCAUAGCAUAUGCAUCACAGACAUUUAAGACUGAAAGUAUGUUUGGGAAAAGGAUGCUGGAGGUACAUGAAAAAAAAAA